UCUGUGGAUUGAGUAUCUUGAGUUUUGCAGAUUUCGACUUUGUUGUAUUGUAUGGAAUUUGUCGUUUAAUUGAAACAAUUUAAUGUACCGGGAUGCGGCGACAUCAAGUUUUAACUGGAGCUGUUAACCCAGGAAAUCACUGUUUCAGUGUAGGCAGCAUUGCAAGUUUCACGUUUUGGGCAUAUGGAUCAGGAUGUGAUCUUGUAAUAUUGGGAGUAGAUCUUCAACCCAUUCACAUUAUACCUGGUCAUGUAAAAGGGUACAAACUUAUUACUUGUCUGGAUUGCUGUCAAUUUGUUGGAAAGAUUGCUGUUUCAUAUGGACGAGACAUUGUUAUAUAUCAUCCAAAACUUUUGCGAAACGAAAAUGACGAUGUACCGGUCUUUACAUGGAUUGAAGAAACAACAUUAACAUUGGAAGAAAGUGUAGGACGUGCAACUGUUUUGUCCUGGGCAUCUACUGGUGAAAGACUUCUUGUUGGAUGCAAUGAGAUACUACUGUAUGAGAUCAAAAAAGAAUCUGCAAAAGAACCAAAGAGUCACACUUUAAAAGUGCAAUUUUCUAUUGAAGAAAUUGAGGAAGAAGAUGAGACAGAAGACAAUGUUACAGCAGAAGAAGAAGCUGUACCUCAAGAAGUGAAAUGGGAGUUGGCUUGGAGCAGCGGAAUAGAAGAAAAUCCGCAUGAUGUUCAAUAUGCACCUGAUGAUACUUUGUUUGCUUCUAUUUCUCGGGGUGACUCCAUGAUUAAAGUAUGGCAUCAACGAAAUGCCCUGCCAAUGCACCUGUUCAAAGAUGCCUCCAGUCCUGGCAAAAAACACACUCAGGAUGGGAAUAUUCAAAAUACAAUGUCAAGCACAAGUCAUAUGGAUCUUCAUGAGCAAUACCAUACUUCUCUACCUACAACAACUAAAUUGGAUUUUACGUUUACUUAUUUGGUUCAUCCUAAACCUGUUGCUGGAUUUUCAUGGAGAAAAGGAGUUCCAUUAUUACCAAACGGUUCUGUUCCCAAUGUUCUAAUAAGCUCAUGUCGAGAUAACAUGUGUAGAAUUUGGUGUGAAACCCUAACUCCAGAAACUGAUGUUACUAAACUUGCUGCGGCUCAUGCAACAACUCAACCUAAACAUCAAGUUGGAAAGAAAAGACAUCAUCUGCAUCAUGAUAAAGGAACAUCAGGGACCGUUCCUGUCAAAAAGUCUGUCAGUGCUCCAAUGAUGAGUCACAACAACGAAGGAAUGGUGUCAGAUUUUCAAAUUCCUAAACAACCAAUCAAGAGAUUAUUUCGUCAUUUUCAUAUUGCUGCAACCAUAAACCCAACAUCAGAUAUUCCGCUUCUUCCUUCCAUCUCAUCGAUGGAAAAUGGCUUAGAUGGAACAAGUGAUGACGAUGAUGAGACUUCAGAACUUUCUGUUUUUACUGUUCAUUGGCUCGAUAAUAAACAUCACCAUGCUAUGGCACAUUUAAACGAAAUUUUACAUGAAACAAUGCUGGAGAAUAAAACAGAGGACAGUCAAUAUAAAUUAGAUGAAGUUGAGGAAGAUCGCAAAUCUGUCAGCAGCCAAGCAAGUAUCUCAACAAAUCCUUCGAUUAGAAGUUCAAGACCAUCAUCUCCAUUGAAGAGACCUUCCGGCUUCACUGCAAAGUUUCCAGUAUGGGAUAGCACUAAACCAGAAUCCGUGGAUGCGUACUUAUCAUGUUUAGCUUCACCAAUUUCACCCGACGUGCAGUCUGAUCUUGGACUUUGCCUACCUUCUAAUGUUUAUGAUUUGCUGAGAAGAGCCUGGUUAGAACAGAGUGAUGCAUUAUUUGCUAUUCAUCCUACCGAUGGUUCGCUACUUGUCUGGCAUAUCAGUUACCUGGAUGAAAACAGAUGUGGACAGAUCCGUCAGGCUCAGGUUUCAUUUUCAUCUCGAAUACCAAUGGCGAUACCAGCCCGGGAUGCAUCAACUCUUUGUUCGAGAUUGGUCUUAUAUGCUAAUCAUUAUUCUUCUCAUCUCUCUUUUAAUGAUGCCAACACAUCAUCUGGAAUAUUGCCCCAAGCAAAUCAAGAUAAUGGCAAUGGUGAUCAACUUGACCAGGACUUUAUUGCUUCCAAUGGAAAUGCAAGUCCAUCAAUAAGUUUGCUGAGCAAACAUUCGGAUGGAAGUUUAAAUCGGUGGGAAAUUGUGUUUUCUGCUAAUGCAAGCUAUUCAACAGUAUCGAGCAUUAGUCACAGAUCAAGAUUUUGUGGUCAUCGUUACCAUAUGUCUGGUAUCUUCUGCCAUCCCACUCUACCAUUACUACUGACAACAUCCAGACACACCACUCAAUUGAAAAAUACUGAAUCUAGUAACGAGGGGUCAAAGGUCAAGAGUGAACUGAUAUUAUGGAGAGUCGAUCCUGUGGGUGCCCUAUGUCAAACUGGGGGUGUUACAGAGUUAUCUAGAUUAAAUGGACCAUCAGAAGAUGACUUCAGCAAGGUUGCCUGGUUCCCUGUUCUUUUCCCUAGCUGGUGCCUUGGACCUGCAAAUACCUCGCCAAGUACCUGUUUUCUAUCUCUACAUGGAUCAUCUCUUCAUAUCUACCAAGUUGUUAUAGAUGCACAAUAUCUACUAGAUGGUCUGGAUGUACCUGGUGAUCCUUGUGGAUUGAACAAAGAAAAAAUUGGUUGCAUUGCUUCACAACAAUCAUCUGCACAUCCUGGCUGUCUUAUCUUACUUGAUAUUCUACCGGUACCUGGUGAUAUAAUCACUGCGUCUGGUGAAAUUCUGCUCCUCACUGUCUUUCCCGAAGACCAGUUUUCAAAGUCACAUGAUUUGGAAAAAGAAACUGAUGGCUCACAACAGACACCGAAGAGAGGGCAUGGAAUUUCUGAAACGUUUUAUGUUGUUCUGAUCUUGAAGACAAAAACUGCUUUUGGAUCAUCAAAUAUCGUUGCUAGGACUUGGAAAAUUUCUUUUACAGCUCAUUUGAGUUCAGUAUCAGGAUCUCGUUCUCAUCGCAAUACAGCUACAGCAGUGUCUACCGAUUCAUCUGAUGAUUCAUCAGAUAAUGAUAGUAUGACAGAUGAUGCCUCAGACAUGUUUUUUCAGAAAUUAUCAUUUUUAAAUGUUUCAUCGAAAGAACUGAAAUCUCAGAAUCUCAAGCAUACACCUGGAGAAAAUAUAUCACUCGCUACUGCUGCUUCAGAUCCAUUUUCUCUCUCCGUAUUUCAUCGCAUUCAAGAAUUGCCGUAUUCAAUUUUAACUACAAGCGAUAAUGGAAAAGUCUAUUUCUGGCGAGGCAUGGCUUCAAUUUUUCAGGGUCUAGAGGAAAGGGAAAACGUAACAUGGGAACCAUGGGAUUCUAAUACUCCAGAAAAUGCUGAAAAAGAUGCGUCUAAUAUCAUCCAGUCACAGAUUUCUAUUACCGGAAUGCCGCUUGUGAUUAAGAUGGCUCAUUGUUGUUUAUUAGCUUGUCUUUCUACUGAUGAUAGCGAUGGACGAAACCUGUGUUUUGUUUCAAUUUUUGAGUCUGUAUCAAGUGGUGGGUCCAUAUGGCGUCUUCAAGAUAAAAUUUUAGUUGGAAAAGUUGAUUUUAUUGCUUCACGACGUGUUCAUUUAGACUGGCUUUCUCGUGGUGACGGUACAUUUUUGCUGACAGUUAAUAUCGGACGGAAAGUGAAAAUUUAUGCUCAGUCACCAAUAGGUAUGCAGUGGGAAGAUGUCACAGUUUCAGAGGCCGUUGAUAACGAUAAACCUACGCCAUCGAUUCGACCUUUACUGAAAAGACAAAGCACGCUUGAUGCAAUGACGCGCCAAAAAUUACUUGGAUCAUACAAAGCUGGAAAAAGAAAAAGUUUCGAAAAAAAUCGGGAGGGGCAAUGUUCGCCUGAAUGUGACCACUUGCUCCAUUGGUCACUUCUUUCUGAAAUCGCUCUUGGCAACUCAGCAGGUCUCUCUGCGUCAAAUCUCGCUCGACCAAUGAUGUCCGAUCCUCAACCAGUUAUGGUUUCAUGGGUUAGAGAUGGUCUGUUGCUAAUAGCAACUGAAACAGAAAUGCAUGUUUUCUGCCACUGGAUGGAGCAAAGUGACACGAUCAAGCCACCUUCUGGAGUUCUCUACGGAAGUGCUUCACUGAGUCAGUCAACACCUGAAGGAUUAUGUCAAUAUUUAAUGCAAGAACCUGAUUCGCAAGGUUUCUCUGAAUUAUCUACCAAUGCUCCAGUGGUCAGUCUGAUGACCGUUGCAGAUGUUUUGAGUCCUUGUCUGCCUCAAUAUCAUCCUCUUGUUUUGUCUGAACUGACCAAUGGUGGACAUUUGGACACUGUCAAACACAUUUUAAUCAACCUAACCAUGAUGAUCAAUGGACAACUGGAAUCAAAAAAUGAUGUCAUCCAAGUAGAACCAAUUAAAUUGAAAAAAUUUCGACUUGAUGUGGAUGAUUCAACUAAUGAUGAGUCACAAAAAUAUCAUCUUGCUCCUGUUCUACUUCACGAUUUAUUAGAUGAUGACGGCAGAAUUAAUGAGAGAAUGGCAUACGUAUCUACAUCAGAAAAAACAAAAGGUUCUGUUGCAAUUCCAUCAAAUACUAAAUUGAGCCAAAACAACAAAGAAGCUGAAAAUGAUUAUGGUGAAUUGUUCUCUACUUCUCUAAUGGAUGAUGAUGAUCAGGAUGGAUUGAAUCUGAUGCUGGAUAAUGAACCAAAACAAGAAUCAACUGAUCUGAUUGAUUUGUCUCAAUUUGAACCUGGAUAUCUGGGACAAGAACAUUGUCAAGUUCUACAUAACUACUUGUCAAGAAAUUUGCUACCUGGUUUGAGUAGUCUUGAUCAGAUGGAAUUAAUGGCAAUUGCUGAUACUGUUGCUAAUGCAGUUCAUUCACAAGUUACAUCUGAAGUGGAAGGAGCUGGAGGUAUAGGAGUUGCAGCUGGUGGACGAGGUUAUGCUUCCUCUGGCAAUACUGCUACUGAAUCUAUGGAUUCUUGUGGAUUGAGAUUUGUAUUUGCAAUGCAUAAUCAUCUAUGUUUACUGAGAUCAUUGCCUGCGCCACAACGAGCUAAAUUACUUAGACAAGGACUCGGAUCAUGUCAUUUUGCAUGGGCUUUUCACUCUGAUGCUGAAGAAGAAAUCCUCUCACUCAUUUCGAGUGUACAACGAGGAGCACCUGAGUGGGAAGAACUUCGAUCAUUUGGUGCAGGAUGGUGGAUACGAAGUACUCCUACAUUGCGGAGACUCAUUGAACAAACUGCCAGAGCUGCCUUCCAGAAAGAUAGCAAUCCCCUCGAUGCAGCAAUAUUUUAUAUGGCACUAAAUAAGAAGAAUAUUAUCAAAGGACUCUUCAAGUCCACACAUGAUGACAGGAUGACACAUUUUUUUUCUCAAGAUUUUUCAGAAGAACGUUGGCAUAGAGCUGCAUUGAAGAAUGCUUUUGCAUUGAUGGGAAAACAGAGAUUCCAAGAAGCAGCUGCUUUCUUUUUACUUGCCAAUUCAGUUCAAGAUGCGGUGGAGGUUUGUAUUGAAAAGAUGGGGGAUUUACAGCUCGCUUCAAUUAUUGUACGUUUAUAUGAUCAAGAAAAAUCAUCAUCUGCCUAUUCUGAAUUUCUUCAAAAUUACGUCCUCGGAGGCAAACAAGAGGAAGCAGCAACAAAAAAUAAAAAGAUUCUACCGGAUCCUUUCAUCCGAAGCAUGGCAAAUUGGCAACUAGGAUCUUACGACGAAUCAUUGAAAACGUUGCUCGAUAAUCGUCGACGUUGCUCGGAUGAAACAGAUUUAUCUCAUGUCAACAUCACGGAUAUUUUCAAUUUUUAUAAUUUCUUAAGAACUCAUCCUCUUAUUAUGAGACAAAAGAAGAUUGAUCAAUCUCAAGCAGUAUCCAGUGCGGACCAACAAGUAGACGACAGUAUAACACAUGAAGAAAGGAUGCUUUUCUUUGCUACUGCAGCAACUCAUCUAGAUGCAGGAUGUCCGUUACUUACUCUAGAUGUUCUAUCUUCUCUACCUCCUCUCAUACAAGAGGAGAAUGGACAUAGUGAAGACAAAGGUACUAACUCUCAGCAAGAUGUAGCAUCUGACUUAUUCGACACUCGACCUGUUGCUAAGGCUAACACUUUUGCUUCGUCAAACGACUGGAAUGUGCCAACUAUUAUGGAGACAAGUUAUGAUGCGGGAAUAAAAGAUGAACUUGAACUCGACUGGAGUGAGGAAGAGGAGGAUAAUGAGAGUUUGAGUGAGGAAGAUAGACCUAAAGUCAACAUAAUCGCUCCUACACCAAUCAAAAAAGAAAUUGAAGAGAAAAAAAUGGAAACUCCAAAAAGUGAACCUAAGAAAAGCAAAGCCUUGUAUUCAGAUAUGUAUGCUCACCAGUUGAGACUCAUGGCAUGUUUGAAAAUUUUCGUAUCAGAGUUGAAGUCAUUGGCGAUGACAUAUCAUUCUGAUGGAGGACAAAUCAGAGAUCAGCUCAGUUCAUGGCUUGAAAAAGAAACCGAAGUACUCCAUAGAUUGUCACCUCAUUCUCAUAUAAAAUCUCCGACAGCAAAACUAGCAGAUGUUCAACAAGGUCAUGAUACCGACCGAAGUCAAAAAAGCGACUUCUCAAGUGGAUCAGAAUCUGAAGAGGAACACAAAAUGAGUUACUCCAGAAAAACAGAAGGAGAUUCUCCAGCAGGAGGAACUCUGAUGCCUGCACCGUCCUUACACGAGUUAUAUCUUGCAGAAAAACAGGAUUGGAAGAUCCGACGUGAAAUGGCAUGUCAUCGUAGAAGAUGGUUGAGACAGUAUAGAAGAUUUUUACGAACGUUGUUGUCAUAUUGUGGAUUGCAUGAUGAUGCCCAAGGAUCAUUGUCUCCUCUGAGAAUGGAAUUACUAUUGUUAUUACAGGAAUCACUACAAGAACGAACACCCCAACAGCUUUCGUCACCCGUUCCCAACCCCACGUCCAUACCCCUUCUAUCAUCCAGUGUUGUGGCAUGUCGUACCGUUGUUGCCGAACCCACAGCCAGAUUGUCACAUAUGGCACAAGAUAUUUUAGCCAACUUACUCAAUUUCACAUAUCCACCACCUUAUAACACAUGGACAGCAACCCAGUCAGCUACGGUUGUCUUAUGCAGACAAGCAGAAUCUCUGUCUUCAUGUAUUUAUCAAAGUCUUUGUGAUACUAAUUCAAAGACAUACAGGGCCCGUUUACUUGAUAAUGACAGAACGCACAUCCCAGAUACCCUGCAUCUACCUGGAUCUGUGGGCAGUGGAUUCGAACAAAAAUAUGUACCACCUGGUACUCAACCAUCACAAUGGCCAGGUGUUGUAUCUCUGAAGGCAUUGUUAAGUUCGGAAUCAGACAGCCGUCCAAAAUUAAUUGUACUCUUAUGUGAAUCUUUGGUGGCUGUGUAUAUCAGUUUAUUGGUUCAUGGAUUGCAGACUUGUAACUCGUUGUUAUUGUACAGACUUGUGAGCAAUUCAAUCUCUGAAAAAACAUGGAAUGCAGUAUUUGGUGGAGGUGCAAGAGUUAUUGUGAAAUAUACAAAACCAAUAUCAGGACAGAUUGUCCGACGUUCUCAUAGUCGUGAACAUAUCGGAUCACCAAAUCGUGCUAUUGAUGGCAGCAAAGUGCGAGAUAAAUUAAAUAGAAAAGUUUUAUCUUAUUCUUUGGAAAGAAAAGGAAGUUUCUCUGAGAGUUUUCAUAGCAAUGAUGCAACUUCUUACAGGGAGAAAUUUGUUGCUCCUGAAACCACAUUAUGGGAUUGGUUUCUUUCUAAACCACUGAUAACGUUCUCUGGUGCUGAAGAUAUAAGCUUUGAAUCUGACAGUGAUAAUGAUGAUGAUGAUAAUGAUAGUAUCAGUAUAACUGAUGAUGAAGAUGAAUUUGGUGAAUUGAAAACAGAAGUCAAAGUAACUGAACAUGGAAAUCCAAAUUCUUAUAGUUGGCAUAUUCUCAGAUUGACCGUAGUAAGAUCUGUUUUACAAAACUUGAAAUCAUUUUUACCAACAACUGGAUUAGAACUUUCAGAACUUGGAAUUUCAUCUCCUAUGUUAAACAGUGUUAUGCAAUUACUUGGACACUGGCAAAUUUCUCUUGCUAAAGAAUUAGAAUCUUUCACAAAUCCUCCAGAUGAUUAUAUGAAAGGAAUUCAAGAUGUCGGUACAUCAUUACGUGGAAGACCAGCAAUUCUUAAACACCAGGCUAUGUUGGACCCAAAUAAUACUCCAUUCAGUGGUUCAUCCAUUGAUGCUCUGGGUGCAAGACGUCUGUGGCAUUGCUUGGUUCGCAAAGAAAAUUUACAAGAUCUUUUCAUCCGUUAUAUUUUCAAGAAAAAAGUACCUGUGGAGACAAAGAAACAUCCAAAACAUUUGGAACGAAGAGACACAGUAAAUACAAAUCUUGGUUCACCAAUUCAUACCAAUCAACAAAAGGCUGAUCUACCGUCACCUGCGUCCACUAAAAAAUUAGGGGCUCGUCGAGCCACUAUUGCUGUUAUGUCUCCUGGUGCUGAUAACAGCAAUCAACAAUUUCGUUUUGGAGAUCAAAAACACAAACUGGGCUCGACAGACAGAGGUGUCGGUAAAGUCAAGAUAUUACACAAGGAAACAGAAAUUAUAAGCUCGUUCUGCAUCAAUAAUGCUAAUCCAAAUUGUGUUGUUCUGGCAACGAAUCGCGAUGUUCAAGAGCUGGAUAUAUCAACAUUACUUGCUUCUGAUACAUGGUCAUGGGUGGAAGAAGAUAUAUCAACUAGUCUAGAGGAUGUACAGAAACCAAUUUCCCAUAAAGAAGAAGAUUUUCUAAUGGUUUCAAGAAAACAAUCAAUGUUUGUUAGUCCAACGACAUCACAACAGUUGUUACCUGCUCCACCUUCCUCAAUACCAUGGAAUGGUUCCACGCAAACUGGACAAGGAGCUUCUGUUCUGUUAAAAAGAUCAUUUUCUGGAGUACGGAGAAUGUCAUCACAUCCUACAUUACCAUACUAUUUAACUGGCCAUCAUGAUGGAAGCAUAAGAAUGUGGGAAUGGGGUCAUCAACAACAAAUAUCUUUAUUUAGAGCUACAGGACAGUUUCCAAAAGUUACUAAUCUACAUUUUUCAUCGUUGGGAAACAAGAUAGCAGCAGUAGAUGCAGAUGGAUAUCUAGCAUCUUGGCAAGUUAGUUCACCUAAGAAACCGUUUUUGUAUCAUCAAUGUCAUGAUAGAAAUGCCACAGAUUGUUGUUUCAUGUCAUCAACAAGUGUAUUAGCAACAACAGGUUUAUCACAUAAUAAUAGGAAUGUUGCUAUUUGGGAUACUUUACUGCCACCUAGAGCAAUGCUGGUGAAAGAUUUCCUGGUUCAUGAGGGCGUGGGUGCAACAUGUGUCAAUUACUCUGCUCAACAUCGCACUCUAGUGGUUGGUGCUAGGGAUGGGAAAAUUUCUGUUUUUGACUUGCGUCGUCCUGAUGAUCCUUUACAUUGUUUCGCUGCUCAUGAAGCUCAUAUCAAAUGCAUUGGAUUGAGUCCGGAUGAAAAACUUUUUGUUACUGGAUCAGUAUCUGGAGACGUAAGGGUUUGGGACAUCAACUCUCACUUAUUGACUUACAAUCUAAGUGGAGAACAUGCCAGGACAUCAAUUUUCCGCAACUUUGGUUCUGGAACCAUGAAGGUACAAAUCGCGCAACCAGGAAACAGAGUGUUCUCUUGCGGAGCUGACGGAACUCUCAAACUUCGAAUCUUACCUCAUGAUCCGCAAGAAGAUUUUGCACUGGGAAAUUCAAUCGGAAGUCGAAUUCAAAAAUUAACCCUUCAACGACAAGUUGUUAAACUCGCUAAUGCGAUUAGACAGCAAUGUCUUGCUUAUUAAACUAUGCUAGGUGGGUGGAAGGGAUAGGAUUUUAUUUUUAUCUUAUACCAGAGGGAACUAUGUAAUUCAUAUGGCAAAUUAGGCCCUAUUGUAUGAUUCUCACUCUGGGUUAGGAAUAUGAAUACCUAACCAGUUUAACAUUCCAUGGAGAGAAAUAAUUGUGACUGACUAAUGGCUAUGUGAACCAACCUUUAAGGUGAGCGGGCCAGAAACAAAACGAUUAUAAUGUAAUAAGUCUUUUUUUUGUUUUUGUGGUCCUUGUUACUUCACAUUACCAUACGAUAUAUUAUACUACAUAUAUAUGAUAUAAGAAUGUCUCCCAGAAGUUCCGUUUAUCAUAUGCCACUAUCAUGUUGAUAAGUUGUUUAGUAGCAGUGGAUGAUAUAAAUUCAAUAAUUCUUUGAAAUGUGAAUUUUCUAUUAUACAUUCUACAUUCAUAUUUGAAGGUGAAGGGCAUUUGAUAUGUUAUCCAGCGCCAGCAGUUUCGUUCAUUUGAGCAUUGGCUCUGUUAUGCUAUAAGAUUUCCAACUCCAAUGUUCAAUUAAAUAUUUUUGUGCAUUAUUGUUUUGUGUUGUUGUAGUGAUGUUAUAACUUUCAGUGCAAUACAAUAUAUAUCAUGUGUUUGAUGUUGGGUUGUAAAAGUCUUUCAAAUAUAUAUCAUGGGUAGGUAUUCUUUUAUUCAUAAAAGCUGGCCGUCAGCAGUCAAUUUUGCAACUCUGCUGGGCCCGUAUUGCCUCUGUAUCCCACAGUGAUUUUCCCUGCAAUCGGCUGAUUGCCAACCACUGGUGAACUUUAAUAUGAUAUCGCGAAAUUCAAAUUUUAAUAAUGUGACUUUAGACUAUUUAUGUUUUUCACUGAAUAAAAUUUGAUGCAAAUUUCCGUA